ACUACGGACAAUACAUCAAUGGCCGCGUUCGCUCCAAUCCGCUAAUCGAUUGUGUGAAUGAUAACUCUGCGUGUCCACGAGAUUAUUUCACUUGGUCCAAAUUCACCUACUUCUUGUUAGAUCGCAACUUCAGACGCGUUCGUAACACACCACCGUUUGUCCGUCGUAUGUGUAUCCCGUGAACGUCGUUUUCCGCUUCCAAGCCACCGCAUUGGACGCCAUUACACAUUUGAACGCAGUCACGAUCCGCGACCGUUGCCAUCAUUCAAUAUCGUGUUCUGCCGUAAUAGCCGUGCAAUGUCUCUGUUCAGCGUAUUGCCAGCGCCAACACAGUUUCUUCGAGAUUUAGAAGAAGAUGAUGAUGACUUUACAAAUGCCAUCCUUAACGAGAAAUCAAAUGCUACUGAAGUGUAUGUUGAUAAAAUACCACCUUAUGGUCAUCGUAAUGGAUGGGUACCACGGACUGUUGAGGAUUAUGGGGAUGGUGGCGCAUUUCCAGAAAUUCAAGUUGCUCAGUAUCCAUUGCAUAUGGGGAAAGAAAAUAAAGAAUCCGAAUCUAAUGCAUUAGCAUUACAAUUAACAUCUGAUGGCAAAGUGAAGUAUGAUGUGAUUGCUCGGCAAGGUCACAGAAAAGAUAAAGUGAUAUAUUCAAAAUUAUCUGAUAUGCUACCAACUGAGGUGAUCAACGAAGAUGAUCCAUUGCUACAAAAACCAAAUUCGGAAGAAGUUGCAGAGAUAACUGAUAAAACCAGAGCUGCGCUAGAAAAAAUAACUAGUUCCAAAGUAUCAGCUGCAUUGCCUGUACGAGCUGCGGACAAACUGGCUCCUGUUCAAUGGUUUCGAUAUACUCCUUCAGAACAAGGAAAAGAAUAUAAUUCUGGUUCAAAGCAACGUGUUGUAAGAUUAGUCGAAGCACAAAAAGAUCCCAUGGAACCACCCAAGUUCAAAAUUAACAAGAAAAUUCCAAGAGGUCCUCCAUCACCACCAGCUCCUUUAAUGCACUCGCCUACUAGGAAAACAACUGUGAAAGAACAAAAAGAAUGGAAAAUUCCUCCAUGUAUAUCUAACUGGAAAAAUUCUAAAGGUUAUACAAUUCCUUUAGAUAAACGUUUAGCUGCUGAUGGUCGUGGCUUACAACAAAAUCAUAUUAAUGAAAAGUUUGCAAAAUUAGCUGAAUCAUUAUACAUAGCAGAUCGUAAAGCUAGAGAAGCUGUUGAAAUGAGAGCACAAUUAGAAAAGAAAAUGGCUCAGAAAGAAAAAGAAAAGAAGGAAGACCAUCUGAGAGCAAUGGCUCAAAAAGCAAGGGAAGAAAGAGCUGGUAUAAGAUUACCAAGUGCCAAAAAUGAUGAAUCACGUGAACGUGAUCAAUUGCGUUUAGAACGCCAAAAAGAAAGAGCACGUGAUCGCAAUCUUGCUCGAAAUGCAGACAAUCGCAAGACCAAAGUAAUGAGAGAUCGAGAUAUAAGUGAACAAAUUGCUCUUGGACUACCUGCUAUCUCUAGGAAAACAGGAGAAACCCAAUACGAUCAAAGAUUACUUAACACAACGUCUGGUAUGGAUACUGGUUUUGGAGAUGAUGAAGAGUAUAAUGUUUAUGAUAAGGCUUGGCGUGGAAACAGUUCUUUGGCUCAACACAUUUAUCGUCCAUCAGCCAAUAUUGAUAACGAUGUUUAUGGAGGAGAUUUGGAAAAAAUUGUUAAAACUAACAGAUUUGUACCAAAUAAAGAAUUUAGUGGUACUGAUCGUGAUCCUAAAGCUGGUGGUCGAUCUGGUCCAGUUCAGUUUGAAAAACAUCAGCAAGAAGAAGAUCCAUUCGGUUUGGAUCAAUUUUUGACACAGGCUAAGCAUGCGUCGAAAAGAUUACAAUCCCAACAACAACCCGAACGUGAAAAACGUCACAGAAGAGAAUAACUCAGUUAUUCAUGAUUUGAUUUUUAAAGGCUACUCCAUUAAUCACUAGAAUUAUUUUUAUUAUGUUCAAAUUAUGUGUUAGUAUACAUUAUAUUUGUUAUGUAAUAAAAACUACAACUCAUAAAUAUGUGUCUUAAAAAUAGUUUAUUUUUAAAUUAUGAAAUGCACUUUUUUCAAACAUUA